AAAAAAUAGCUAUGCCAACUUCCUGAAGCAUUGUAAGCAGGUCUAUGAUCGUAGGUAAAUCUUCCUUUUCUAGCGCAUCCAUUGACCAUGCCGUUUACUGCAAUGGCGGUAUAGAUAUUUCAUGAAGAAGAAAGUAGAUUUUCUGCAAUGAUGAUUACGAUUUGUGUGGGCAAGGUCUAGUUGUACUUUUAUAGACUACAGAAUUCAGUUUCUUCCAUAUUGAUCAGUGUAAUAGCCAAUAUAAUAUAAUCUUACUUCUAAAAAAACAAAAAAAUCCAGUUAUCGAUAAUAAUUGUUCCUUGAGGAGUUUAUCAACUUACAACAAUAGGACGCCAAAGAAUUCGCGGUAAUCGUUCCCGACGUCUUAGGUAAUAUUUGGUAUUUCAUUAUCUGAAUGGACAAUAAGGUGGAUGUCUCAGAAGUAGAAAAUAUUUCAAUGAUUGGAUCUUCUGAAAUUUAUUAUCUGCCUGAAGUCGCAGAGAUAUCAGAGGUAUUAGAUUCUACUGGUCUUAGUCCAUUAACCUCUUCUUUAGACCAUACUUUAACUCUUCAAGAGGAUAAACUGCUUUCAUCAGAAGUUAAUAUGGGUAUAGAAGAUACAUGGACUGAAGCAAAUAGUUCUACAUCAGACUAUGCUAUUCCACUUCCACCACCACCUGGUUUAAAUGAUUUUACAGAUGUUGGUGCAGAUCCUAUUGGUGAUAAUGGAACUGGUAUAGAAUAUGGUCCAUUUUUACCUCCUGAUACUCCAGCUCUAAACAAUUUGUUUUCAGAAGGUGGAGAUUCUCAAGAUGAUUCACAAAUGGAAGAUGUAGUUUUACGCGCGGGAGUAUGUGGUCUUCGCAAUCUCGGUAAUACUUGCUUUAUGGCUGCUGGCUUACAAUGUUUAACUGCAACACCUCCCGUACUGCGACAUUUUUUGGAUUUACAACAAAGGGGAGAAAAACUUCCUCCUCCUGGAUCAUUGAUGGCCCAUUUUAGUGCACUUCUUGGUAAAAUGUGGUCUGGCAAAUAUAGCGUUCUUAGGCCUACUGAAUUUAAACAAACAUUAGGGGCAUAUCAUUCACAAUUUAAAGACUAUAGACAGCAUGAUUGUCAGGAAUUUCUUGCACUUCUGUUGGAUUCUUUACAUGAACAAAUGAAUACUGCAAAAUGUACAAAAAAUUGUCAAACUCCAUCAUCUACAACCACUGCCAACACGAAUAAUUCAAUCGAAAAUUCAAAUGGGAAAAUCAUGUCUUCAGUCACUGCCACUAGUAAUUCCAAUUGUAAUACAGAUUUAUUGGAAAUGUAUGAUUGCUUACCAUCACCAGAAUGUCCAAAUAGCCCCAAUGUAACAAUGGCUGGUUCACCAAGAGACUUAGGAUCACCUAUAGGAGAAUUAGAUAGUAUUGCAAAUUCGCCGCGAGGAUCACCUUUAAACGAUGGUGAGGAUGACGAAGAAACACUUGAUUCUGAUGAAACUGUUGAAGCAAAAUCAAAUACGUUUAUUCAUAAUGAGGUCGAUGGAAAGAAAAAUGAAGUCACACCUUCACUAAGGCUAGAAACAUUAAUUGAAUUUUCAAAAAAUGUUCCGAAAUAUCACGGUCUUUAUGAUAUUCAUAAAGAAGCAAAAACUAGUAAUGCAAAUUUCUUAGUAAUGCAGCAAGAGUGUAAUAAUGAGAUUCAUUAUGAUUCACAAAAAUUUCCGAAAGAAAAUAUUCGUAGAAUGCCUUUAGAUAAUUCAAAUCUAAUGGAAAAUCAUGAUUUUGAUAACAAGAGUGUUAGUAUCAAAAGGAUAAAAGAAGUUAAUGUUCAAAAAGUCAAUUGUGGUGUAGAUUAUGCAUCAAGUGGUUCUGAUAUAGAGUAUGAUAAUGGUUUAGAGAAAUGUAAUGUAAAACGUAUGAGGCUAGAUGAUCAAGAAAAGAAUCAUAAACGUGAUGGUCAAGGAAGUAUUAGUUCUCAAUGCAUACGAAUUUCACAAAGUUAUGGAAAUGGUACUGUAGAGACACAAGAUGAAAUUGAGGCUGAUAAACAUUGGGCAAAGCAUUUAAAAUCUAAUAGAAGUAUUAUCGUUGAUACUUUUCAAGGACAGUUUAAAAGCAAGGUUGUUUGUGCAGUAUGUAAUCAUGUUUCUGUUACGUAUGAACCUUUCAUGUAUUUGUCAGUGCCACUACCUCAUGCAAUGGAGAGACAACUAAAUGUUACAUAUGUUCCUGCAAAUGGUGAUCAACCUAUAAGGUGCGUUGUUUCAUUAAACAAACAAUCACGCAUUGGGAAAUUGAAGGAGGAGCUAUUAAAAACACUUGGCAAAGAAAAUAUUGCAGUAACAAAUAUUGCACUUGCUGAAGUUUUAGAAAAUCAUAUAUCGAAGAUUUUGGAUGACAAUACACUCUUGAGACACAUCAAUGAUACGAAUCGAUCUAUAUAUGCCUUUGAACUUACGGAACCUCCUGAUGCAUACACUUCAGUACCAGAUGGUGGUGGAGAUCGUGUAACCGAGGCCGAUUCCUGUCAGAAAUGUACAGUUACGGGAGAGGAAAUACCAUGUACAAUUUGUCUCGAAGAAUUGGAUGGAGAUUUGAAAAGGCACAGUGGGAACAGUUGCAACUUUGUUAUGUGUGAUACUUGUAUUGAGAAUUACUUCAAAAAUCAAACGGAACCGCAAAUGUGCCCAAUGUGUUCAACUUAUAUGACUGCGUCGUCUUUUAUUAAAAUAGAUCAAACAGGCAGACCGAGACCUGCAAUUAGGAUCUUAAAUGUACCGCUAGUCUUGCGACAUGAUACAACAAACGAAACAUCAAACAACCGUAAAGGAACAAAACUCUUUGGUUAUCCUCAUUUAGUAAGAUUACCUUCAAGAGUGAAUGCUAAAGACUUGUACGAUAUUGUAAGAAAAAAUGUACCACAAGAAGGAAAUUAUACGCUUCAUUUUGUUACAGGACAGGGUCAUCAUUGUUCUCGUUGUAUGUAUACUACACAUUGUACAGGGUGCAGUGUAUCUGAAACGGGUAUGGUAAUCUUAUGUAAUGGUGAUACUUUAGCAGUGCGUUAUACGGAGCAGGUUCCUAAAAUCGCAUCCCCAAUUGAUCAUGUUAGCAUCAGCAAACAAAGGCCUCAUCAUCCUUUAUCUUUAUAUGAUUGUCUUCAAGCAUUUAGUCAAAGUGAAACAUUAGAUGAACACAAUCCUUGGUUUUGUCCAAAAUGCGAACGAAAUCGGUGUGCUACAAAAACUCUUACAGUCCACAGAUAUCCAAAGUUCCUCAUAGUGUAUUUGAAACGAUUCGUAUUUUAUGAAUGUACUAGUAUGAAAUUAGAUGAUAAAGUUACAUUUCCAUUGGUUGGUUUAAGCGUUGGACAACAUCUAUAUGAUCUUUAUGCUUGCGUUUGUCAUUUUGGAGGGGUUUCGGCAGGACAUUAUACAGCAUAUGCGAAGAAUCCUCGCACUGAUACGUGGUACUAUUACAAUGAUGAAAUUACAAGCAGACAGAAACCUCAAGAGGAAGAUUUUAGCAACGCAUAUAUACUUUUUUACAGUCGGCAAGGGACCAAUUUAAAAUCGUGCAAUAUAUAACCAGUGCUGGAACGACGAAACUGGCAAAUGGUCAGUGAGAUACAAAGAGUGAGGAACAAAAUAGGAUACACGGAAUCAAGAGAAGAGUUUACAAGGUGUUGCGUUUAUAUGUUGAUCAAACUACAUCAUCUUGAAUGGAAAACUGCUCACAAAUCUCUUGAUCUAUUUUUCCUAAUAAUUCGCUCAUGGUCUGCCUCUUUGUCUCUUUUUCUUCCUUACAUUAUCCAAUUUCUUGCUGUUAAAUUUCUAGCAAACAUCUUAUAUAAAAUGAUACAGCACAUGCAUCGAAAUUCGUUGAAUAUUGUGCGUUUUAUCAGUGAUCAUUUAUUCAGUUGAAGGGUAUUGUGUAUUUGCUAGAUUCAUUAAUGGCGUUUAUUGUGAAAACAGCAGUUGUAAGGAAGAGUUAAUAAUUUAAAAAGAACUAAAUGUAUUUAUACAAGAUUAGUGCGUAAAUAUACGUUGAAUUUGUACAGUAGGUGAUUAAACGUAGACUUUGAGGUUUUGAACAAACGUAAUUUAUUAGUGAAUAAAGGCGAAUGUUACGACUAGAACACA